ACCGUCUACGUCUCCUGAGGGAGGCGCCCUUGACAGCUAUGGCCGGAUACAAAGAAGGCCAAAGGCUUGUCCUCUUCGACUUGCCCGACGAGGUCUUGUUCCAGAUAGUCGAGUACUUCCCACGGCCUCACAUCCGAAAGAGAUACCUCAAAAAAGAGAGCUCCGACAAUGCAAUUGAAGCAUUCCGCGCCACAUGCAAAAAGGCGUUCCAUCUCUCCGAUCCUCUCUUCUGGAGGUGUCUUUCGGUCAGGCACCUGGACGAAUACAACAAAAUCAAGGCUUUUCUGGCUCGCUAUCCCCUUCGACCUCACUACGUCCGGCACCUGGAGCUUAUCCCAGCUUACCUUGGCAGCCCGAGACGUGACGACAAAAUCCAAGAGAUAAUAGCGCUUGCCUCGAUUUUGCCCAACCUGGAACGCCUGUCUGCUUGUCCAGAAUGCUAUCUCAAGGAUGAGGAAUGCAAACGCCUGAUCACGAGGUGGGCGAUUGCCCUGGCCUUUUAUUUCCAGUCAACCAAUUACAACCAAUUAAAAUACUGCUAUGCGAGACUCUGGACCUUCCUCGAGGGGCAGCAGCAGUCGUUGAUUCUGCCUUUGCUGAACGCUCCGAGGCUCGUCGAGCUGACCCUGGAAGCCGCCGACCUACGUGAUCUCCGGGUAGACUCCAUCCCCAAGCAGUCGACAGCGCUCAAGAAGCUCAAGCUCAUCAGGUGUCGGCUCGAGGAGCCCGCCCUGGCCGCCCUGCUGGGCGCGCCGCUCUCGCUGGCGUCGUUUGAAAUAUCGCUGAUGUCUAAUCACUUGAGCAGACCCAGCAUUGAACGGGAAGAAUAUAUUCUCAUCCUCAAAGCGAUCAAGCUGCUCCAGCGCCUACAGCCAAAUCUGACGGCUCUGGGCGUGACAUUCCAGGACGGCACUGCGCUCGAGGACGAGAUAUCGCAGGGAGAAUUCGACCUGUCUCGAUUACGCUGCCUCAAGGAGCUCACCCUCAGCGCCAGGAACACCUAUUUCUUCCGUCCUUUUCACGAGAGGGUCGAAGGCCCUUGCCUCUGGUUCCCUGUCAAUGGCCUUUGCAAGUUACCCGCUGGCCUCGAGCGUAUCCACAUCCUGUCCGAAACCGAGGACAUCGACCUGGUUGGGUUGGCAGAGGCGCUGCUCAGGCACCGCGAUGCGGGCAAGACUCUUCCCGCGUCGCUGCGGCUCUCCUGCGACGUCCAGAGCCGGCAUGUCCGACCCCUCACGGAGGCGAUGCAAAACGCCGAGGAUCGGACGCUUCGAGCCCUCGACAUAUUCAUGACGCAGCUUUCAUUUCUGGAGAUCAAGUAUAUAAUGCGAUGGUUCGAGGAAGUCGAAGACCUGGAAGAUGAGAUUGUCUACAGCUGCACCAGGACGCUGGUGGCGGAGCGCAUGGCGGUUGCCAAUGAUGUCGACGAUUCUGCCGCAGAUCCCGGAACGUUCGAGUUGAAGGAUUACACUCACUCAGAGCUAGAGCCCUUUGGGAUGCACCUUCUUCCUGGCGAAUAUUUAGAAGGGAUUUUGAGUGAGUCGGAAAGCAGUGAUGAAGAUUGAACUCAGGAUGCGAAAGUGAUUGAACCAGACCAUGGCGCAGAAAUUAAGAGUCGGUCAAGGACUGGCGCAUCGGACGACAAACCGGAAGUCGAAAACAGAUAUCCUGAAGCCUGGAAUCGGCGGAAUCGUUCUUCUGGAUUUCAUUUUGCGCUACUACGACCUUCGCCGUGGGCAACGCCCUGUAGACGGCGAUCUCUGAGUGCUGUUCAAGGACGGAUUUCUCCUCCAGGGGUGAGUAUCGGCUGGCCGCGACAGACCCGCGAUUGUUCUUUUCUCGGUAACGG